UUGAGUCCCUCCAAAAAAAUUCCUCAACAAAGCCGAUUUGGGACGCCAUGAUUGAGGCAAAUCAGCUGGCGGUUGACUGUGUCAAGAGCCUAGAAGACGCGUUCUGGCUUCCAGGGGGCUGUAUGCAAAAGCACCAGGUGAAGACAGCUUUCGAGUUGUUUUUUUACUUAUUUCAUAUUUCAGAGAAGAACCGCCGUUCUGCCCUUCCUUUGGCCUUCAAACCGAGCGGGAAGUUGGUUGACUUCGUCUCAGAGUUAGAAGUCAAGGUUCAGGAACACCCUCACCAUCAACCCCUCGCAACAGCCGCAGCAUUGCAAGCACAAAAUCAUGAUGUUGCGUUUUCUGAUCAUCUUGUUGUCCCUCGGCUCCCUGCUUGCAAAAACGCCCAUCAACCUGAAGCCUGGUGCCCUCGCGGCACACAUAGGAGAGGUCUUCCUCAUAGAAGAUGUGCUCCUCGUAAAAUAUCCAUAUACUUCCUUAACCAACACAACUGACACAAUCAAGAUAGUCUCAGAAAAACUACUCGGCAUGGCAGACGCCAUACGGGCUACCAAGACUAGGAAAUCAAAGGCACCUUCUAGUACCAACUCUCUGACUCUUUUUCAACUACUGGAGGAUAGGAUUCUGUUCUUACAGGGAAAAGUUGAUGAGGUAGACAUGGAUUAUAGUUUUCACUCAGUUCACUCUCGGGUAAAGAGGGGGUUGCUCAACAUCGUUGGGUCCGCCUCAAAGUUCCUUUUCGGUACGGCUACCGACGAGGACGUUCGCGAUUUGCGGGACCACUACGCUCAUGUACUUUCCUUUGCUGCUCGAAAUCGCAGGGUGAUCAACGCCAAUUGUAGAACACUUGCGCGAUUGCAUACUAACAUUGAGGAACUGCUAGAGCAGACAAAUAGGAUGGUAGAGGUUAUCAACAUAGUUGUCAAACAGAUCGACCAGGUGAAUCAGUUUCUCCUCCUAGAUCAGGCCUUGCAUGUAUUGGAAAACGUCAUUAACUCCGUCGCAACGGCAAAUCAGCAGGUUAUUAGCAACAUGGUUGAUGCAGCGCACGGUAGAGUCACACCUGCCUUGUUCCCUCUACACGAUUUGAGAACGACUGUCCAUAUCGGGUAUCAAAAUUAUAGCCUCAGACCUUUAUUCACCCCAGACAUGAGUCAAUAUUUUUACCUCUUGAUUGAGUCCAGCCUCACCCCUGAUGCCAUAAUCAUUCAUGUUCCAUUUCAGACGGCGGACGUGUUUGAGGCACACGAAAUUGUCCCGUUCCCUUUUUCAGCUAAGGACAGUGUGUUAGCCCUGGACACGUCCCCGUCUCUUGUUCUAAUCGUGAAGGAUUUCGCUCUGUAUUCAACGGGUAGCUACUCACUCUUGCAAUAUUGCAAGGAGACCGUCUUCGGGUGAUUCUAUUGCUCUGCGUCUCUCUUUGCCUUCCUACCAGUUCGGGGAGGGGUAUGCGAGAUGCCGGGAACCAGAAAACGAACAAACAAGAGGAAUAGCCAUAACGUACAGAGUAAACAUCUCAUAGGACAAACACUAACAAAGAGGGAAACAACGAGGAUAAAGGAAAACAGAUACCCAGAGAGGAAUGAGAGAUAUACAACUGUGUAAACAUCUGACAGGACAAACACUAACAAGAAGGGUGACAUAUAUAACAGUGUAAACAUCUCAAGUACAAAAGAGGGGAAACAACGAGGGUAAAGGAAAACAGAUACCCAGACUCAGAUACAGAAAACAGAUACCCAGUGGGCGUGGUCAGAAAGUGUGAACAACCAUUGAAAAAGACUCUGACCCGUGACGUCAGUCGUGGCGAUAUGUUAUGAGCCAAUAAUUUAACAGAAAAAUCACUGUGGGAGUGUCUUAAGACUGACUCACGAAUAGCAGGAAAAGUAAAACAAUACAACAUAAUGAGCGAGCAGAUGGGUGUGACAGGAAGUAUUGGCCAUUGGUUAUGUAGAAAAUUAAGGGCGUGUCAAGGAUGUAAGUCCGCCUCAAGCAAAGAAAAAUGUGGCCUAGAAAUCAGUGGUAUGGGUAGACCGUGCUUGGUUCUCGCCUCAAGCAGACCAUGGAGGUAUUAUAACAGGAGGUGCCCUCCCGCGUCGUCCCCAUACAGGCGAGUGAAGCCAGUGGGCGGAGCUUACAGAGUCUGUGGGCGGAGCUUACAAUCGACAGAUAGACCCAAAACAUUGCGAUCUCCUGGGCGGAACUAAGGGGAAUUUACCACUUGUUUUUGCAUCUAUACGAAAAAUUAAAAAAAGAAUUGAUGGUUUGAGUUAUGAAUAGUACAUAAAAUUUUCCUAUAUAUUUAAUGUAGAUCUAUUAUCAACGACAUUUAAGGUCAAGGCAGUCCCGUGGCUUAAAAAAAAACAAUGAAAGGGCCCCGGCAUUCCAUGACAGUGUUGCAGUGUGUGUCCUUCGGCCUGGCAUACAGCGUGCAGCAGACACAGGGGAGUUAAUAACCUCCCAGUAGUACCUAUAGCCUAGCCUAAGACGCAUUGCUACCACAUCCUGAGGUGCACUGUGUUGCCCAUAGGGGUAAACAGUGGUGGGAGACACUUGCAUAAUGGAGGCUGCUGGUGCUGCCAUUGUCACAGCAGUGUCUGAGUUGGGUAGCAAUGUUAUUAUGGAAAUAAUCCCUAAUUAUAUUCUUAACAUAGCUAAGCGUAUAGUCAGUGUCAGGGUCCACUGUGUCAUCCUGAAGGGCACGUCGAGCAAGGCAGUCUGCCUUUUCAUUGUGCUGGAAGGAAGGGCACCCAGGUGAAGUGGACCGUGGCACCUGCGGCCUCAAGGGCACGGAGGGCAGUCAGGCACUUAGUCACAAGAUCACAGUCUGUAGGGGAGGAGGACACAGGUUCAUGUAAUGCAGCCUGGCUAUCAACAAACAAGUAUACAUCUUUGCGGAAAGCUGCUACAGUGUGGAGAGCCUCAAGUAUGGCAUACAGCUCAGCCCGGGUCGAGGACAGGUACCCUGGCAGCCGCCUGGUAAUCUCAAUGUCAGUGUACAACAGAACUGCAGAUUUCUAUCAUAUGUAGCCCUAUCUGGUUAUACAGUUCUCAACUCACCUGUGAAAUGAUGUAGAACCACUACGUUCCCUUUUCGUACAGCCAUAUGAACAUAUGAACAUAAGAACGUAGGAGUCUGCAAGAGGCCGGUAGGCCUGUACAUAGUGUACAAGGCAGCUCCUUUGAACCUAAGCUCCCGUGUAUCUAACCCCACCUAAUAUCGCUGUCCAUGAAUUUAUCUAAUCUAUUUAUUAAUGUGACAAUUGUAUUGGCACCCACCACAUGACUGCAAACCUGUUCCAGUCAUCCACCACUCUGUUAGUAAACCAGUUUUUGCCUACGUCCCUGUUGAAUCUGAAUUCAUCCAGUUUAAACCCAUUACUUCGUGUCCUACCCGGUUCUCUUACCAACAAAACCUUAUAAUUAUCCCCCUUAUUAAAGCCCUUCAUCCAUUUAUAAACCUCGAUCAUGUCUCCACGCACCCUUCGCCUUUCUAGAGAAUGCAAAUUUAACUGUUUUGAGUCUUUCCUCGUAUGGCAAGUUUCUCAACCCCUGAAUCAUCUUAGUCAUCCUCCUCUGCACCGAUUCUAACAUUUUGAUAUCCAGGUGACCAGAACUGAACCACAUAGUCAAGAUGAGGUCUAACUAAUACUAAAUAUAGUUUGAGGAAGACUUCGGCGCUUCUAUUGCUCCUUCUAUUGGCUCCUUCAAAUAAAUCCCAGUACCCUAUUUGCUCGAUUUCUAGCAUGAAUGCAUUGUGCCCUUGGACGGAGAUCAGGAGCUCACUCAGACCCCUAAAUCCCUCUCGCACCCAGACCUGCUUAUGAAAGUGUCAUUAAGCAAUAGUUAUGUGAGGGGUUGUUCCUACCUACACUCAGAAAAGGCAGGGAUUGUAUGCACUUUCAAUGCGUCUACUGGAUCAGCUGAUACAUGUUUUGAGUCUAAGGGGGGUGGGGAGACAGCGGACCAAUAGCGCGUUGGCUUCGCGUUCGUGACGUCAUGGCGGCUCCUCCCAUAAUACCUCCAUGAAGCAGACCUGCUACUCACUCAGCCGAGAAUGGCUGUUGUGAUCUUAAUCGUGAGUAGAAAUUCGAGAAUCUAAGGGAAACCGACUGUAUUGUCCUGGAGAUUAUAAUGUAGGAGAUGUGAAGUAGGAUUGUGAGUAGGACAGGAUUGUGAUUAUUUGUUUGCGAUGUAAAGCAAAGGUAAAACCACUGGGUGUGGUAUAAUUGGGUGUUUCCAUGACUUGUAGUAGAUUAUACUAUAGGAAUGUGUUAUUAGGAUUUUGUGAAGAGAGUACAUACUGAUUGUGAUGUAAGCAGAGAGAUACAAACCUCUGCUUGUGGAACGACGAGUGUUAUUAUUAUUGGCAACAACUGAGCACAUAUUGUAGUAUUAUGUUUAAGACAUGUCGUUUGUCAUAUGUUGCAUCCAUUGCUGAAUAUGUCAGUGUUAUGAUCGUCUGAGCAUAGAAUAUUGCGUAAGGCAAUUACUUUCAUUUAAUUUUAAAUAAAUGUAUAUUUUCUUUUUCCCUUGUUUAUCCCCGAACUCCAGUCUCCAAUAACAACUUAAGCCGGAUCACGCUACCAGGGAUACGAGACGGUGAGAUCAUUUAUGGAGUAAUUAAUGAGUGAUAAAAGAGUUGAUUUAAUACAAGAAAAGAAGGGUCCAAAACUCGCGGCAGCGGUAUAGGGAUAAACAGGGACAUGUGCUUACAGUGCUUUUGUUUAAUUUACUCUGACGAGAAAACGCCUCUUAUUUUCAUUAAGCUUUGCUCGUUUUAAAUGGCGGAAAUAAUAGUGACGAUUUAAUUAUAUAAUUAAUGGUUCUUCCGGAGGACAUGGACUUUGACGAUAUGGUAAUGGAAACUCUGGCCAACCACUGUUGUUCUGCAGUGCAAUGGGUAGCACACGCGACUCAACCGAGAAUUCAUGAGUUCCUUCCCGGGCGGAGUGGAGAGGGAUGGGCAGUCUCUCUCCACCGGCGCCGUGAUCCACUCCUCAGUGAGAGGGUGUCAGGUGACAGGCAGCGGCAGCGUCCCGCC